AAAAGCCUGGCUCCUCAACGCGCUUCGGGGAUCAGCUUCGUGCUUUAAUGGAGCGUUCUCAAUGUCACUGGAUUUUUUACUAAUUUCCAGGGUUGAAUGAUAGUUGCUCAGAGAUUAUCUAUGCCUGGAAACGAAGCAGGAGACAGGGUCCAUAAUUUUUUUGGUCAAGAAAACUUGUCCCAGGGACAGUAUCAUUCACAGGCGGUUGAUGGGAACUGGCCAGGACUAAGCAACAAUUUGUGGGCUAGUAACCAGAGGUCGGCUGGUGUGCCUUUUAUUUCCAAUGUGAAGAAUUUUAAUCUACAGCAAUCAGAUUCUGAGCAGGGACACACAAGCUCUCCACAUUUGCGACAUGGUUUCAACAUGUCGCAAUCAAAUUUUAGGCCUGAGUCUACCAGAAAUCAGCUGUCAAACCAACGAACAGCUGUGAAUGGCUAUAUGCAGGGACAGCAGGUUUUCCAGACAAGGCAGAAUGAAGCUAACAUUUUGGGAGUGGAUACGGAAUCUGAUUGGCAAAGCCUAUCAAGAGGAAUACCUGUGCUUGAGUCACAAGGGAGCGGUCUUGAACUCUAUAAGAAAAACUUGGUCAGAAAUGAUGUUGCUGAAUCCCCUGUCAAUUUUGAUUUUUUUGGAGGUCAACAGCAAAUAAGUGGUCGCCAUGGUGAAAUGCUUCAGCCAUUGCCUAGACAGCAGUCAGGGAUGAAUGAAAUGCAUCUAUUACAGCAGCAAGCAAUGCUUAACCAGAUGCAAGAGCUUCAGAGGCAGCAACAAUUUCAUCAACUAGAAGCAAAGCAACAGAGUUCUAUAACUCCUGCUUCCUCCAUUUCAAAACAGACAGUUACAACCCAUUCUGGGUCUCUUAUCAAUGGCAUUCCCGUCAACGAGGCAUCUAACCUUGCAUGGCAGCCUGAAGUUGUACCAGCUAAUGCAAACUGGCUCCAACGUGGUGCAUCUCCAGUUAUGCAUGGGUCCUCUAAUGGACUUAUGUUAUCUCCUGACCAAGGACAGGCACUGCGCCUGAUGGGUUUGGUUCCUAAUCAUGGAGAUCAGUCUCUUUAUGGGGUUCCAAUUUCUGGCUCAAGAGGUACUCCUAACCUGUAUGGGAAUGUUCAAGCAGAUAAGCCUGCAGUGUCUCAGUUUUCUAUCCCACACCAGUAUUCUCAUGUUCAUGGGGACAAAUCUGCACUGGCAAACAUAUCAGCCAGUGGAAAUUCAUUUCCUGCUCAUCAAUAUGAUGCAUUUUCAGACCAAACUAACACAAAUGAUGGGACUUUGGUUUCAAGACAGGAUAUUCAAGGAAAAAGUGUGUUUAGUUCUACUGCUCAUGGUGUAAAUAGUGGACUGAAUAUGGAGAACUUGCAGCAAGUGAAUUCUGAGCAAAGAAUUGUACCAAUGCAAGAUUUUCAUGGGAGGCAAGAAUUAGAUGGAUCUUCAGAGAUGUCGCAGGACAAGAUGCUAGUGCAGGCUCCUCCUUCACAGAAUGUGGCUACCCUAGAUCCAACUGAAGAGAAGAUUUUGUUUGGUUCAGAUGACAGCCUUUGGGAUGGAUUUAGCAGGAAUACAGGUGGUUUCAAUAUGCUGGAUGGUACAACAGAUAGUUUUAGUGGAUUUCCAUCUAUUCAGAGUGGGAGUUGGAGUGCGCUAAUGCAAUCUGCUGUAGCAGAAACUUCUAAUAGUGACAUGGGCAUACAGGAGGAAUGGAGUGGUCUAAGUGUCUGGAAUAAGGGUUGUUCGUCUGGAAAUGACCGGCCUUCAACUACUGAUAGUAGCAAACAGCAAUCAGUUUGGACUGACAAUAACUUGCAAUCAGCUUCCAAUAUAAAUUCAAGACCUUUUCUGCGGCCUGAUGAUGUGAAUAGGCCCAAUACCACUGAAAACUGUUCUGGUGUUUCUAGAUUUCAUCAGUCAGGUCCUGAUUGUUCACAUGAACAGCAUGACAGGUUACAGACUGAUUCUCAGAGACCAAUUUCACAGUUUUUAGAAAGAGGCAAAUGGUUAGAUUGCAGUCCUCAGCAAAAGCAACUUUUGGAAGGGGGUCAUAUAUAUGGAAAUGCUGCUAACUCUUCAGGUUCAGAAAAAAAUGAAAAGGUUAUAUCAGGUUCUUGGACCCAUCAACAGACCAUAUCGUCACGUAAUAGUAGUGGUGGUCCAUUCAAUAAAUCUAAUGGUUGGGAUGUUAUGAAAUCGACCCCAUUUGAUAGCAGUUCUACUUUCAAAACCCAUGAAAAUGAAAACUCAUUGCAGGCCCAUCACGGGAAAGCUAUGCAUGAGGAAAUGGGUCAUGUUCCUGCUAUGUGGGAGCCAGAAUCGGACACUAAUUCAUCUGGUGAGUUGGAACAUGUAAAGUCUGCAGGUAAUAUGCAGGUUUGUGGGGAGGAUUCUGGUAUGAAUGGUAUUGCUGCAUUACCAAAUUCAGGCACUGCAUGGAUCAGCCGGCAGAGUAGCAAGCAGCUCCCUAGUGUUGAUGUAUGGAGAGAUGCAGAGUCGGAAGGGAGCUAUAGAAGAAAUGAAGUUUUGGGAAAUUCUAAGCAUCAUAUGGAGAAGAACCCUUUAGUUUUGGAAUCUUCAAAGAAUGGAAAGGUAGAAGGUGAGGCACAUGAUAUGGAGAAUUCUAACAAAAAAGAAAAAUCAGCAGAUGGUCUUGGCUCUAAUCCUUCCCAUCCUAGAGCUGGUGGUAUGAGAGAAAAUACCGGUUUUGAUGGCAAUGAUUUGUGUAGCCCAAAGUUAUCUGGUCAGGGAAAUCGAAGACCUCCUGUAACUCGUAAAUUUCAGUAUCACCCAAUGGGGGAUUUGGGUGUUGAAUUGGAAUCUUAUGGAAACAAGCACGUCAUAAAUUCACAGCCUAUGGCCCAUCAACCCUUUGGAGGACAUAAAGAGCAAGACCAAAGCUAUCUUGGUCAGUCAAAGUAUGGCCAUUCUGAUGGGAAUUAUAGUGAAACGGAGAAGGGUGGCUCAAAAAGCUUGGGCAAUAAUGCUUUGAAAACCAUACUCCCUGGUCAUAUGCCAAAGACAUUGACCUCAUUGGAUAGAAGUAUUGGUAAUUUUGCCUUACAGAAGACUGCUUCACCCAGUCAAAAUAUUCUUGAGCUUCUUCAUAAAGUGGAUCAGUCAAAGGGGUAUGGCAUUGCAACAAACACAAGCCCUUCUAACUGCCGUUUAUCUUCCAGGGUGUCUGAAAAUGAAUCUUCUGAUGGAUCUGUUGUACAUCCUCAGCGGAAUCGAAGUUCUUUGUCUCAGGGCUUUGGUUUACAAUUGGCUCCUCCUACUCAAUGGCUUCCUAUGGUACCUUCUCGUGGAUCAUCAGAGACAGGUCUUACUAUGCCACAUGUGUCUGAGACAGGGGAUAAGGGCCAUACAUGGUUGGCUACCAAUCAGUCUUUUCCUUCUCAGGAAUCAUCUCAUAGGGAGCUCAGGAAUAAUAUUUCUAGUACCACAGGAAAUUUUUUUGAUAAGGCCUCUCAGUACAGUAUGCUGGGAAACACUCCACGUGCUUUUACACCUGGGUUACCUUUCUCCAGGAUCCUUACUCAAAAUCAAAAUAUUGCUAAUCUUGGUGGUCAAGUAACAAAUACUCAAUCUGCUAAUGCAACUUUUGUUGAUUGCACUGCUUCCAUGAAUCAGAUAAAUGAAUAUUGUGAAAGAGCUCAAACUAGUCAGUCUGAAUUGGCAUCUGCGCAGGAUGUGUCCCAGCUGAGUGGUAUAGACCAAAUUCGAGUGGGAGAUCCUGCCAUCCAAAUUUUGGCAGUAGAGGCUGGCACUCAACCUUCUGUCACAUUUAGUGCAUCACUGCAUGGUGCCCCUUCAAAAGUUUUACACAAUGUAUGGACCAGUGUUUCUAGCAAGGAACAUCCUAAUACUUCAAACAUUCCGCUGCAGCCCCAACAAAUAAGUGAUUGUAAAAUGACAACUGGUGUACAGAAGCCAGGUGAUGAGGGUUCAGAAAAAGAUGGUAAUGACCUUUCUGGAAUUGGCCCUUUUUCUGUUUACUCCAAUAGUUCUGUGGGAAAUUUACUUCAAGAAAGGUCUGGGCAGCAGAAAUUGCCUGAGAGUGCUGUUGAAAAGGCUGCAGGUGCAUCACAUGUAAAGGAACCUGUUGCGAAAUGUACAUCUGAUGCACCUCAACCUAGCCCAAUUGCUACCUCUAGAGAUAUUGAAGCUUUUGGCCGGUCUUUAAGACCAAACAAUGUUUUGAAUCAGAAUUUCUCCUUGCUGGAUCAAGUUCAAUCCAUGAGAAAUGUGGUUAUUGAUCCUGGUAAUCAGGAUGUCAAAAGAUUGAAAGUUUCAGAUAAUGUCGUGGACAAACAGCAGGUAGAUUCCAACCGUGGGCUACAGUUGUCAUAUGGAUAUGAUAAUGUGGUCAAGGAUGUGUCUGGUAAUAAUUGUCCCACGCCAUCAUCAGAUCCUAAUAUGAUACAUUUUUCAACAAAGACAGGUGAUGGACAGGACACAAACACGUCUUCUCAGGAGGUGGUUGGAUAUUGUCAGAAAAAUGCUCUCAAUGUCUCUGAUAGUAGUAAAGCAACUUCUGAAGGAAGUGAUCAUUCUCUGGUAAAUCCACAGAUGGCACCGUCAUGGUUUGAGCAAUAUGGAACCUUUAAAAAUGGUAAGAUAUUGCCAAUGUAUGAUGCAAGGAAGAUGACUGCUUCUAAGAUUAUGGACCAUCCUUCUAUGGUACAGAACCAAUCAAAUAGUUUGCAUUUUCAUAAUUCAAUAGAGCAAGUUAGUAGUCUCAGUGAUGAUCAACUUGGCAACGCUAGGCAAAGUCCAAUGCCUGCUUCAGUUGCAAGUGAGCAUGUACAUUCUCAGUUAUCGACUCCUGCAGUUGAACCUGAUUUGCUUAUUAUGAGACCAAAGAAGCGUAAAAGUGCCACAUCUGAACUUCUGCCAUGGCAUAAAGAACUGACACAGGGUUCUGAAAGGCUCCGAAAUAUCAGUGUGGCAGAAUUAGACUGGGCCCGAACUGCAAAUAGAUUGAUUGAAAAGGUUGAAGAAGAUGCAGAGGCAGUUGAAGAUUUGCCAGCAAUGGUGAAGUCAAAAAGAAGACUUGUCUUGACUACACAACUUAUGCAGCAACUACUUAGCCCUCCUCCAGCAGCGGUUUUUGUAGCAGAUGUGAAGUUGCAUCAUGAGAGUGUGAUAUACUCUGUUGCCAGAUUAGCAUUAGGAGAUGCAUGCAGUUCAAUCUCAUGGUCUGGAUGUGAUGCACUUUUGCCUCCUGGCACGAAAAACCCACUGCAUGAGAAGCGUAAAUCUUCUGAUAAAAUUGAUCAUUACAUUUUGAAAGUUAUGGAUCUUGUUGGGAGAGCAAGGAAACUGGAAGAUGAUAUAUUAAGAUUGGAUAGCAGAGCCUCAAUUUUGGACUUAAGAGUGGAAUGUCAGGAUUUGGAAAGAUUUUCUGUCAUCAAUCGAUUUGCCAAGUUCCAUGGACGGGGGCAAAAUGAUGGAGUAGAGACCUCAUCAUCCUCUGAUGCAAGUGCUAAUGCUCAGAAAUCGUUCCCCUUGAAAUAUGUUAAUGCAAUUCCAUUGCCUAGGAAUCUCCCACACAGGGUACAAUGUCUUUCACUUUGAUAAUUAAUUAAUUCAUUUUUCCAUCUUUCUUGGUCAGUUGUCUCCAUAACCUUCGGUUACCUUUUCUUUCAACUUAAAUUAUUGCACUUCAUCACCAUAGAAUCAUACAACUGGCAAUGUAGGAAAAUGGUACUAGAUUGCCUCCUCAACCUAUGGAGGCCGUUAGAUCCUUGCAAUCUAUAUAUGUAUGUAUGUGUAGAUCUUUGCAAUCUAGUUAUCUUUUACUUUUUAUUUUUCAGGUUUCAAGCCUUUUGUAUAUAGUAAAAUUAUAUAUGCAGUCUAUUAAGUUUUAAC